CUAUUGGCCUAAUGGUUCAUGCAUGGUUAAAACUAAUAAAGAAGGAGAAAAAAUGGUUACUGUGAGAAAAAAGUGAACGGGUUCCCUUGAAAACAACAU